AGCCAUCACAAAAGGUUGAUGUCAUUAUUUUUCCUUGUCAAUGGCCUGAAAAAAUACUAUGUAUUAAGUUCCCUUUCUAUGAUGAAUUAAAGUUAUUAAAAUAGAGUGAAUUCCUGAUUGCGAAGCAUUCAUGGAAUAUCGGACAAUCGUUUAUAACGCAGCAAAAGACGGAAAAUUAGGCCGUCUACGUGUCUUUUUAGACCAACGUUCAAGAGAUGAAGUAUCAAUGCUUAUUCACGCUAAAACAAAUGGUGCUACUCCUCUUAUCAUGGCAGGACGAAACGGACAUGUAGAUGUUGUUAAAUACCUUGUUGAACAAUGUAAAGCUGAAAUCGAACAAGUCGGUUCUGUGACAUUUGAUGGUGAAACCAUAGAAGGUGCCCCACCUCUUUGGUGCGCAGCUGCAGCUGGGCAUUUACAUGUUGUGAAAUAUCUAGUUGAACAUGGGGCUAAUGUUAAUAAAACAACUUUCACUAACUCAACUCCUCUCAGAGCUGCUUGCUUUGAUGGGCAUUUUCUCAUAGUUAAAUACCUUGUUGAACAAAAAGCUGACAUCGAAAUAGCCAACAGACAUGGCCACACAUGUUUAAUGAUAUCCUGCUACAAAAAGCACAUACAGAUCGUUGAAUACCUCCUGAAAUUAAAGGCUCAAGUGAAUAGGAAAAGUAUUAAAGGUAAUACAGCUCUUCAUGACUGUGCAGAGUCUGGUAGCUUAGAAAUAAUGAAGCUUCUCUUGAAACAUGGGGCUGUGAUGGUGAAGGAUCAUUACAACAUGACCCCUUUGAUGGCUGCAGCUGUGGCAGGAUAUCACCAGAUCGUUGAGUACCUCAUCUGCAGGCCAGAGUGUUCACGCAUUGAGAAGAUUGAAGCAUUAGAACUUCUCGGGGCAACAUACAUUGACAGAAAACGUGACAACAUAGCUGCUCUAGAAGUGUGGCAAAGAGCUAUGAAACUUCGAUUUGAAGACGGGACUAAAAUUUAUCCAAAACCAGCAAAUAUAAAACCAGUUGAAGCAUACGAGUAUGCUGUAGAAGCUAAUUCGAGCAUGAUGCUGGAUGAACUGGUAUCAGACCCGGAUGAGAUGAGAAUGCAAGCUUUGCUGGUCAGGGAAAGAAUUCUUGGACCCAAACAUCCUGACACUUCGUAUUAUAUUCGCUAUCGUGGAGCACUGUACGCUGAUAUGGGAAAUUUCGAUAGGUGUAUCUCAUUAUGGAUGUACGCCCUUGAGAUGCAGCAGAAUGCCCUCGAGCCUGUUAGUCCUAUGACGCAGUCUAGCUUUUUGUCUUUCGCAGAAUUGUUUUCUUUCAUGACUUCCGAGUGGCGUGAGAGAGAUUUAUUUUCUUGUUUAAAGUUUGAGAAUCUCAUGGCAGUCCUGCAGAGGGCAGUGGAAGAGGUCCAGAGAGCCAUCGCAUUCAGCAAAACACAGAAAACAACUGCUGGGGAGGCAGAGAACCGUAGUCUGUCCAACCUGAAAAGACUAAUGGUGAUAGUUUUACAUUUACUGUGUCUUAUGACCAAGCUAGAACUUAUGUUGUCUGUGGAUGACAAACUCAGCUUUAGAAAAAUUGUCUAUCGGCUCGUGAGAAUGGCACCUCUUGGACUAAAAAAGAGUACCCUACUUCACCUUGCUUGUUCCAGAGAAACGACAGACGUGGGCAGGUAUCCAAUUUGCAAGUUUCCUAGUUUGGAUGUGGUUAACCUGUUGAUCGAGGUUGGAGCUGACCCAAACGCAGUUGAUCAAGAUGGUAACUCUCCUCUUCAUGUUGCUGCUAAAGAUGUUCCAUCUGAUCGGCAGGUUCUCAGGGUAUUGAUAGAAAGUGGUAGUCAUAUAGAUGCAUGCAAUAACAAAGGGGAGACAGUGGCUGAUUUGUUACACAAUGUACCCUUACAUAGCAUUGUCCCACCUCUCAAAUACACUACUCUCCAGUGUCUAGCCAGUAGAGAAAUUGCCAAAAAUAGAAUCCCAUACAAGGGUAUAGUUGGCUUAGAAUUAGAAAAGACAGUUGAAUUACACCAAUGCAAAUUUGACAUCAUCAAGGCUAAAAUGGAUGAAAGCUCAUGGCCGAGAGAGCAUGAAAAGUGAUAUUUAAUUGUGUACACUAAUUACCCUACUUAAUUCGACCUCAUAUUUAAAACUAACAAAUUGUUUCCUGCAACUGUGGUAUAAAAGUCAAAUUAAUCUUUGUUUUGUUAAAACUUUGUAUUUUAAAAGAUAGUGAAAAUGUGUUUAGAUUUGUAUUAGGCUAGGUUAGAUUAAUGUAAUAGAAGUCGCCAACUUAAGACUAAUGUUUAUGUCUGGCUUUUUCGCGAUCAGAUUUAGUAGUCUUAAUAUUAUUUAGUUCUUUUAUCAAACGUAGGCAUUAACAUUAAGUAAUAUUAAAAGCCAAUUUGCCUGUGCAAAAGAUUGAUAUACUCCAUUCCUCCAAGGGUAAGUGGAACUUGUGCAGCCUUGCUUUAAUUUGAAAUAAGUAGACGUAUAUGUUGCCAAGUUUUAAGUCAUGAUAUUAACUUGCAUAUUGCUGUUCCUUUGACAAGAUUUUUCCAUCUAAUUAAGUCAAAUAACUGAGAUUGAACACAAAUGUAGAAAUCAAACAGUGGGAAAUCAAAAAGCUUUGUACCUAUAUUUAGUAGAUUAGUUCUGUUGUUUCUUUUAGUAAUUGUUAUGAAUAUAUUCCUGAGUGUUUUGGGUGAUACCCUUUCAACCCACACAGGUGAACUAAAAAUAUUUCAUAUAACCCUGCAGUGAUAUUUUUUUAACCGUGCAUAGAAAAUAUUGUAUGCUCUGGCACAAUGAGGUUGAAUGGUGAACCCAAAAGUCUUAUAUUUGUGGGUUCAAGCCCCUAUGAUGUGCCUGAGCCCACCCCACUGUGAUGGGUGACUGAUGUAAGUCAGGGAAAGUAAAUGGGACAUGACACCAUGAUGACCUCAAAAUCCCUUAUUAUUCUGAGGUCAAAAACGCAUAACUCAACCACACCUCCCAUAUGAACAGUCUGGUCUAUAGUGGAAAUUAACUUUUUUUUAACAGUGUGAUAAAUAAUAAAUUACAGCUGUUUUUAAACUAAUUAAAACUUGUUAAUUUAAGUGAUCUUUAUGAGGUCGAAUGCAGUAUUUGUAACCUUUAGAAAAUGUGAUAUUUGUAUCAUACAAAGUUUCCAUUUACCUUGUAGAGCUGCUUAAAAACCAUAUUAUUUAAACUUUUUUUUAUAGAAAAAAAAUGAUAACUUUGUCAUAAAUGAUUACUUUUUUAUGCUUUUUCAUUUGUUAUAAAUAGUGCACUUUUUAAAGGAAAAAUUGUCUCCUUUUCUGUUAGCACCAACAGUCAUAUUACUAUUAGAAAACUGAUGCAUUAACAGUUUCCAUUAAUUCAUUUUUGUAGGAUUUUAUUUUUACUUGGUUAUACAUAACUAUAUCUGUUUGCUGAUGAUGAUAUUACUUUCAUAAAAUUUAAAUUUUACUUCCUCUACAAUUUUUUUUCCUUCAUAGGUUUUUUUCGUAAAUUAUUUUUUUUUAGAACUGAAUUUUAAAGACUGAUUUCGUGUUAACAGGAAGUUAUUAGUUGUUGCUUUUUUUUUAAAUUUGGAAGUUGAUAGUGACAAUCUGCCUUAAAGAUGUUUAGGACAAAUGUGUUUCAUCAUGAUAAAUAAGGAUACAUGUACAUUCACCCAGCAUAAAAAGUGUGACAAAAAUGUUUCUGUUUGCAUUAAGUCCAUACAUGCAAGAGGUCAGUUUACAGCGUGCUUUAGUACAUUUUAGAUAGCAAAUACUUUGUUGCAUUAUUUACAUUUUGAUGUGUCCCGUUUGUUUUUGGUUCAGC